AUGUCCUUGUUUCCUCGCAGUAACACGACCGGUGUCACUACUGACAGCUCUUCCGAUCACGCGCCUUCUCGACGAGCUGCCUUUUCGAGCAUCUUCUCCGGCGGCAAGUUUGGAUUUGGCGGUGCUGGCAGCCGUGGCAAUUCCGAUCUUAGCACGGGGUACAAUCAAUUUAGUCCUCGUCAUGAUCCCAUUGAUCCAUCAUCUCUUCUCGGUAGCGUGCGGCGUGGCUCUCUUUCUCCACGACCAUCCUCCACUUUCUCUUUCGAUAAUCAGAACCAGCUUCCUCACCCUUCUACCGACAAUCGUCACUUUGGGUGGCCAUCUACGGAUCAAAUUGGGCAUCGUAACAGUCCUCUAGGUCUUGAUUGGACAUCACCAUCGACAUGGUCACGGGCGCCUUCUCGCCGUCCGUCAAUCCAGUAUGGCUCAUCUGGACAUCUACCAAUGAGCCUUGCAGGAGAGCCUGAUCUAUUUGAGGACACCUACGAUCGUCUUCCUAGGCCGCUGCAAGCACCAAUUGGGACUCGUCCGUCAUCAUCGCAUCGGCCAAUCACCCCGAAGCUCAAUCCUGCUGCACCAUCUUUUAUGGGAAUAUUCUCAGGGAAGAGAUCCGAUAGGGAUAGAGACAGAGAUAGAGACAAGGACUCCGAUGUUCCUUUUGAUCUUCAUGUUGACGAUGGGUCUCCUUCAGAGCCUCGUACCUCCCGUUCUCUUUCCCACUUCACAGGCGAGUCAUAUGAGUCUCUGGAGCGCAUGCCGUCUAGCACGUCGGUAGACAAUGCGUCCAAGGAAUCUUUCAUUCGCAAGAUCACUCGCAAGGGCAGCUCAAGCAAAUUCAGUUCAUGGAAGGACCGGUCAGGAUUCUUCUCGAAAAGAGGUGAAUCAUCACAGGGCGACAUUGAUGAAGAUGCAGCCAACGAGGCCCAGCUAGCGAAGAGCAUUGACAGCACUGUCUCUAGCGUGCCAUCUGGAGACCGCGAGACCAGCGAGCGCGCCAGUGAGACUGGCGAUGAAGAGAUCCAAGAGAUCCCAGAAAUUCCAGAGAUUGUUUCUUCAUGA